GCACCCUCGGCGAUCGGAGGAAAGGCCAGGAGUAGAGCAUUGCUCCGUGUUUUUCUCGAGAGAGAGACGCGACGAGAGAAGCGCGAUGUCGCAAGUGUGAAAGCUAAUUAUUACAAAACGAUACGUGACGCGUUACUCUCGAUUCCGCGAGCUUUAUUGAGGAUCGCUGUCGGUCGAGGUCCGUCCGCGAGUGAGUGGUUGACGAUGGAUGACGGUGAAUGUUGAACGACGCGCUACAUCUGAGAUUGUUCGGUCAAGAUCGACGGCGAGUUGGCGCUGUGUAGAUUGACCUCUUCGAAUGAGAGAGUCGCGAAUUAAUAGGAGAUUGCCGUGCCGUUGCAAUUGCGGCGGUUGCAUCCUCGUCGACGAGGAUUAUCGCUUCGAAACGGAAGGUCGCGUGUGACCGACCUUCGGAUUACUCGUCGUGGAUCACUCGUUGGAGAAAUCAGCGGAGAACAACGAUACUCUUGGGCGAUGGCGAGCCUCAUUAAUUCCACAGCGCAAUUCAUUAGCGAUGCAUACGACUACUACCUCUGGACUCUGUCCCUCGCAGACGAGAGGACGAGAGGAUGGUUACUGGUUGAUUCGCCGCAACCAACGUUAAUAUACACGCUGUUAUACCUUCUCAUUGUUUGGGCGGGUCCUAAGAUCAUGAAGAAGCGAAAAGCUUUCAAAUUAACAUGGGCGCUGGUGCCCUAUAACCUUGCCAUGGCCUGUCUCAAUGCUUAUAUUGCCAUUCAAUUAUUCGUGGCAUCCACGAGAUUACGAUACAGUUACGUGUGUCAGCCAAUAAGGCAUAUCACGCGUCCUGAUGAACUUCAGAUUGCUCACGCGGUUUGGUGGUACUACUUUAGCAAGCUUCUGGAAUUUUGCGACACGUUCUUUUUCAUCUUGCGGAAGAAGGACAAUCAGUUGAGCUUCCUUCAUGUUUAUCAUCACUCCACCAUGUUCUCGUUGUGGUGGAUCGGUAUCAAAUGGGUACCGAGCGGUUCUACUUUUCUGCCAGCCAUGGUAAAUAGCUUCAUCCACGUGCUGAUGUACUCGUACUACGGGCUCGCCGCAUUAGGCCCCUCAGUGGCCAAGUACCUCUGGUGGAAGAAAUACUUGACAAUCCUCCAGCUCAUCCAGUUUACGAGCGCGCUGAUUCUGGGCAUCAACGGCAUCCGGUCCGGAUGCGACUUCCCUCUCUGGAUGCAAUACGCACUCGUGAUCUACAUGCUCUCCUUCAUCGUUCUAUUCGGGAACUUCUAUGCCAAAGCUUACAUCGCAAAGGGUAAACAGGCGUACGUGGACAAGCGGCUGAAGAGGAUAAAAGCCGCCAAGGAGACGUCAAUGAAUACGCAGCUGACUGUUGACGCAACGCACAGCAACGGAACAAGCGCGAACGGACACGCGAACGGUUACACGAACGGGGUGAUCAAGAGAAAGAUCCAGUGAAUCUUCUUCUGAGAAUCUUUCGAGAAUCCGACGAUGCACGAUGCUCGCGACACACAAUAAAAGAAAAUUUAGUCACGUACGUUAGUAAUCUAGUAAUCGGCGACGAUCAGUAUCGACGAUAGUUUAUAACGUAAGAAAAAAAAAAAGAAAGAAACGAAACAAAAAAAAGUAAGCGGGAAAGAAAAACGGGGAUUUUAUUCUGUGUUCGCGAAGCAACGUGAUCAGCAAUGUGAUUCCAAAGUUAUCGACACGCGAUUUCUCCUUCAACUCAGUCAGCUCAAUCAACUGUACAUUCGCGACGCUGAUUUCUCAGCAUGAUUGUAUAUAUUAAGGGAUACAUACAUACCAGAGGCACUCUACUGGAGUAAAUAGUGAUUAGCGCGACAGGUCUUACACAUAUUGGGGGGAGCCUGAAACUCGAAAGGGUUCUACGUAAAUAGCAGAAUAUGGUCAAAAAAAAAAAAAUAAAUAAAUAAAUAAAUAAAAAAUCCGAGCAAACAAACUUAAGAAAUCUUUCUCUAUAAUAAAGAUUAUUUAAAACAGUAACGAAAAGAAAGAUACAUAUGCGUAAGAAAUAGAUAAAUAGAUUGGCGAAAAGUCUAAUUAUCUGUGGAUGGACAGAUGAAAAAAAAAAAAAAAUUACCGAUGUCUCUUUUUUUUUUGUUUAUGUCAUAGGAAGAUUCGAGUUGCAUCUGCUGUAAGAGAACAAAAGAGAGAGCCCUACUCGAAAUUUAACACGUUCGACUUCUGAUACGUUUGCAAUAAAAUGUAUGCGAAAUAUUAGACACGUGUUAGUUCAAUUAAAUUUCGCGAACGAUAUCACGAACGAGUUUUGUAUGCAUAAACGUUAAAGAAAUAUUAACAAUAACGCGCAAAAAGCCUAUAAUGGAAUUAAUUUUCAACUGAUUGUAAUUAUUGUUCAACUAAGAAUCGCGAGAGAAUUCGACUGUUUUUAUUAAACAAUUACACACAUUUGGAUAAACGAUAGAUUUCUUAUUCGUUUCUAAACGACGUAUAUUUUUAAACAAAAACCACCUAUCCAUCGGUUAGACGCAGAUUUUUAUACGGACAUUUUUCUACAACGAAUAAUCCAGGUGUGUAUAUAUGCAAAUGACGCGUUUUUGUCAGUGAAAAUUGCAGUGAAAAUUAUGAUAGCAAGAAAAUUGUACAAUGGAAGAUAAAUGGAAAGAAAUCUUGCAGAAAGCAGAGAAAACGUUCAUAUCACGAUGUGUUUUCUCUCAUUCGCGUAGAUCUGCUUUUUAUUUACAGUGUGAUUCGUAUUUUUAUCCUAUGAAUUUACAGAUAUAGGAACUCUUAGCCCUUAUAUAAGUUACAAGAUAACCAUUUUGCGAUGAUAGUUUAUUAUUACUUGCGAAUCGUGUGUUUCCCUUUAAUAUACAUAUUCCUCAAUCUUUUUUAGGUAAUUAUAUUAUUGUUAAUAUGUUUAUCUUAUUAUCACAUUCACAUAAUGUAACGGAUGAUGCAAUUGUUAUAAAAAUGGCAUUGCUGCGCAAUGCUUGAAAAAAAUAAUGCAUUAUGUUAAUGAUU